UACAAGGCGACGCUGAAGAAGAUCCCCGCGACGCGACUGUCGCGGCUGACUGAGGCGCUCGCUAACUACGACCCCGUACUCAACGAAUACUUCUUCGAUAGACAUCCUGGAGUAUUCGCACAAGUACUUAAUUAUUACAGGACGGGGAAGCUGCACUAUCCGACGGAUGUGUGUGGUCCUCUAUUUGAAGAAGAACUUGAGUUUUGGGGCUUAGAUGCCAAUCAAGUCGAGCCAUGUUGCUGGAUGACUUACACUCAGCAUCGAGACACUCAGGAGACCCUAGCCGUUCUUGAUCGUUUAGACCUCGACACAGAAAAGCCGUCGGAUGAGGAGGUGGCUCGCAAGUUCGGUUUCGAGGAGGACUAUUACAACGGCACCGUCUCCUGGUGGCAGCAGAUCAAGCCGCAGAUGUGGUCUUUGUUUGACGAGCCCUACAGCUCUAAUGCUGCAAAGAUUAUCGGUGUGAUUUCAGUGUUUUUUAUAUGCGUGUCUAUUUUGUCGUUCUGUUUGAAGACGCAUCCAGAUAUGAGAGUGCCCGUUAUUAGGAACUAUACAGUGACAACGGCCAAUCAAACACAAAGCUGGGCGCUGGACAAAGUGCAAACGAACGCCCACAUAGCUUUUUUCUACAUUGAGUGCGUGUGCAAUGCGUGGUUCACACUAGAGAUCCUAGUCCGGUUCAUAUCCUCACCCAAUAAAUGCGAGUUUGUCAAAUCCUCCGUCAACAUCAUCGACUACAUUGCUACUAUGAGCUUCUACAUCGACCUCAUCCUCCAGAAAUAUGCUUCCCAUGUCGAGAACGCUGACAUUCUGGAGUUCUUCUCGAUCAUAAGAAUAAUGAGACUUUUCAAAUUGACCAGACAUUCGUCCGGUCUAAAAAUUUUAAUACAAACAUUUAGGGCGUCCGCCAAGGAAUUGACUCUUCUAGUCUUUUUCUUAGUUCUUGGUAUAGUUAUAUUUGCAAGUUUGGUAUAUUACGCGGAACGUAUACAAACGAAUCCUCACAAUGACUUCAACAGUAUACCGCUAGGAUUGUGGUGGGCGCUGGUUACUAUGACAACAGUCGGGUACGGAGACAUGGCGCCGAAAACUUAUGUCGGCAUGUUCGUUGGUGCUCUUUGUGCUCUGGCUGGUGUGCUAACGAUAGCUCUGCCGGUGCCAGUUAUUGUGUCCAACUUUGCUAUGUACUACUCACAUACACAAGCACGGGCUAAAUUGCCCAAGAAGAGGCGUAGAGUUAUCAACGUCGAGCCGGCCAGGCCGCCUCUCAGAGCCCCAGGGGUACCUGGUGCUCCCGCAGGCCCAUUGGCCCCCGGCAUGGGCCCUCAGGCCGUCAAUAGAAGAAUGAAUGCCAUUAAAACUAAUCACCCUAAAGAUAUGAUCGGACCUAACAUGGUCGCAAGCUUAAUGCCAGCAAUGGAUUUAUCAGUGGCAGCGCGUCUCACGCCCAGUCCCCGCGACCUCAGUCCAGCGCUGGCCAUCGCCAUACCGAUGAUGAAAUCAGUCAACAUAGUACCAACACAGUGUUUCGAUAAUAUGGCCUUUCAUAACGAGAAAGCAGACGAACAAGACACCGACAGCAAAACUACCAGCAGACAAGAAUCGACAGAAAGUAAUAGUACAGUGAAAGCAAGAAAUUAUAAAAAUGAACUCUUCAGAGAGAAUGCAGUUGAUAAAAUAGAUGCUAGAACACCGCUCUUGAGAGAUCAUAAGAUUGAAUCACUGGAUGAGACUAAACUGAGGGACAAUAAAGUUGAAAAAAGAAAAUCAUCCGCUUCAACAUAAUGUACAGUUAACAAAAUACGAUCGCUUAUUCAAAAAGAGACCAAAUAUUUUAAUAAAUCUCGAUAUUUAAUGCUAAGAAUUAUUUCUAUCGAUUGAAAAGCACCGCAACAUUUUUCGAACAUUUAUUAUAUUGAAUAACCUUAAAAUGUUUGAUAUCAAUGUAAAAUAUUAAAUGCCACAUUUCCAUAUUCAUGAAAUUAUAACAUUUCAACAAUGCAUUGUUAAGUAACAAUUUUUUUGCAACAUAAUAAUUCUUGUCGCAUUCCCUGAAUCAUCACAUGAUAUUAGAAAUAAAAAAUCAAUUUCUUAGUAUAAUAAAACAUGCUAAAAGUGUUCCAAACAAAUGUAGAGAACCAUAAAAACAUUUCUUUCAAAAUGUGUUCAAAGCGAGAGAAUCAUUUUAUCCCUUUUUACUCAUGCAUUUAGCUUUAACAUCUAAUGAAUUAAACUGCACUGCAGGUGUGUUAGGCUUUUAAAAUACACAUAUAUGUGAAAUUUACGAAGAUAAAGACAAUCAGCUAAUGUUUUAACCAUCAAAAGAAAACGAGAUAUGACCCAUUCAGUAUAAAAAGGAAAUCUUAGUCGCUAUCCUGAAUAAAUUAAGAAUGAAAAAUGUAUAUCGCACAGUAGGAUUUGUAACACAUAUCUAUAUUAUCAUAAUCAUUAUAAUAUAAUAUUAACUUAACCAAAAGGUGACUCAAAGCGUAAGUGAUAUCAAGGUAGAAGUUUAACAUGUCAUGGAUUUUGUAUUGCAGUUAAGGGCGCAAUAUUAUUAGUCGAUUUAUUCGUUGGACUAACUAGUACAAUCUUCUCAUAGGGGCUAAGACAAAUGAAAAUCGCAUGCGGGAGUUAAGGCAUGCGUGAAAAGGAAACAUUUUUUACGACUCAUAUGCUACGACUAAUGAUUUUGCCCUGAUUAGACUGUUUUAAUAAUUGUAUUUAAAAAGUUGUCUAUUCAAAGAAAAUGAAAGGACGACGUUUUAACACGAGUGAUUUAGUAGUUGCAAACUCAUGACUUUUUAAAUAAUCAUCUUUAUAGUAUGUCUAAAUAAUUUAGAUUAUUUUCACAGUUCAUUUCAAAUUUAGUA